AUGGAUAUUUCUCGGCUUAUCGAGUCUAUUGACUCGGUAAAUUCAUCCGGCAAGCUCGCAGACGUGGAUCCGGAGCAGCGAGCUCAGCUUUAUGAAGCAUGCGAACGAUUGAGGAGCCGAUGUGAAACUCCUUUGGACAAAACACUUCGUCUUCUUUACACUUGCCACCAAGCCAUCACAGUUCGUCUAGCUGUAGAUCUCAAACUCUUCGAUGCAAUCAUCAAGCGCAGCUCUGAAAGCGAAGAUGGCAACGUGCGUGUGGCUCAGCUUGCUGAAGAUGUGAAAGCUGAUCCAAAGCUAGUUGGAAGAAUCAUGAAGGCACUUGUGCCCUUGAACAUCCUCAAGCAAGAUGCCGCUGACACCUUCUCGCCUACGCAAUACACCGCGGCCUAUGUUUCGACGUCUUGGAUGUCGGGCGCGGUCAUAUUUUUCACUCAUAUGUUUCUUUUCGUUGCUCAACUUCCCGCAUACUUUGAACAAAAAGGGUGGAAAAAUCCAGAUGAUAUCCAAGACUCCCCAUUCAACUUUGUCCUCAAGUCCAAGCGUGGAUACUUCGAUUACAUGUCAUCAAAGCCGUAUUACCAAAACGCUUUUGACACCGUCAUGGCGUCGCCCUACCGCCGCGAUGAGAAAAGCUGGCUGGACUUCUUCCCAGUUGAAGAUAAGCUGCAGGUGCAGAGCUCUUCCGAUGUUGUUCUUGUGGAUGUCGGAGGUGGCCGCGGUAAAGAUCUCCAGGCUUUCCGCGAAAGAUUCCCCAAUCUGCCAGGAAGACUUGUUCUCCAGGACUUAUCUUAUGUGACUGAGACAGCGGAUCUUCCAAGUGAGAUCGAGAGCCAGGUUCAUAAUUUCUUUGAUGAACAGCCUGUCAAAGGCGCAAAGGCGUAUUACCUCCGCACUGUCCUCCACGACUGGCCAGACAAGCAGGCCGUGGAGAUCCUGUCGAGACUUCGUGAAGCAAUGGGGCCCAGUUCUUUACUCCUGAUUCAUGAAAAGGCCAUGCCGGAGACGAAUAUUCCGUGGAUGGCUGCGAUUGGUGAUAUGACUAUGAUGACUGCUUUUUCAUCGGCAGAACGAACCAAGAACGAGUGGGAGACACUGCUCAACAAGGCCGGGUUGAAACUCGCUGGGUUUUGGAAGCCCGAGGGAUCGUCCGCACAGCAACAGGUUAUCAUAGAGGGCGCGGUUCUCUGA